CGACCCGAGCGAGCGCCGCCGCGCCCCAGCCCGGUCGGCAAGAUGUCGGUGAAGGAGGGUGCGCAGCGCAAGUGGGCCACGCUGAAGGAGAAGCUGGGGCCGCAGGACUCGGACCCCACGGAGGCCAACCUGGAGAGUGCGGAGCCCGAGCUGUGCAUCCGGCUGCUGCAGAUGCCCUCCGUGGUCAACUACUCGGGCCUGCGCAAGCGUCUGGAGAGCAGCGACGGCGGCUGGAUGGUGCAGUUCCUGGAGCAGAGCGGCCUGGACCUGCUGCUCGAGGCCCUGGCGCGCCUGUCCGGCCGCGGGGUGGCCCGCAUCGCCGACGCCCUGCUGCAGCUCACCUGCAUCAGCUGCGUGCGCGCUGUCAUGAACUCGCAGCAGGGCAUUGAGUACAUCCUGAGCAACCAGGCCUACGUGCACCAGCUCUCCCUGGCUCUGGACACGUCCAACGUGAUGGUCAAGAAGCAGGUGUUCGAGCUGCUGGCCGCCUUGUGCAUCUACUCCCCCGAGGGCCACAUGCUGACCCUGGAUGCCCUGGACCACUACAAGACGGUGUGCAACCAGCAGUACCGCUUCAGUGUCAUCAUGACUGAGCUCUCCGAUAGCGACAACGUGCCCUACGUCGUCACCCUGCUCAGUGUGAUCAACGCCAUCAUCCUGGGCCCCGAGGACCUCCGCACCCGCACCCAGCUGCGCGGGGAGUUCACCGGGUUGCAGCUGCUGGACACCCUGACACGGCUGCGGGACCUGGAGGAUGCCGACCUGCUGAUCCAGCUGGAGGCCUUCGACGAGGCCAAGGCUGAGGAUGAGGAGGAGCUCCUGCGCGUCUGUGGGGGCAUCAACAUGAACAGCCAUCAAGAGGUCUUUGCUUCUGUGUUCCACAAGGUGAGCUGCUCCCCAGCCUCUGCCCAGCUGCUGUCCAUGCUGCAGGGCCUCCUCUACCUGGAGCCCACCCUCCCCUCCAGCCAGCUGCUCUGGGAGGCUCUGGAGAACCUGGUGAACCGAGCUGUGCUCCUGGCCAGUGAUGUCCAGGAAUGCACCCUAGAAGAGAUGGUGGAGCGGCUCCUGUCCGUCAAGGGGCGGCCACGCCCAAGCUCCCUGAACAAGGCCCACAAGAGCGUCCAGGCCGACCUAGGCCAGAGUCAGAAGGGCAGCGUGCCCCGAAACAGUGGUGCCCCGAAGGCGGGUGUGGAGGCCCGCCAGCCUGAGGCCGACCUCACCAGCCUGCACACCGUCGACGUCCAGGGCUCGAGCAGCAUGGUCGCCCCACAGCAGCGGGCGCCCACCCCAGUCCCUCCUGCACCCCCACUCCCCGGCUCCCCUGCAGGGCCUCCUCCCCCGCCCCUACCUCCCCCACUGCCAAGCCUGGGGGCCCUGGCCCCCCCACCCCCUCCACCACUGCCAGGCCUGGGGGCCCCCCCACCCCCUCCACCACCCCCGCUGCCUGUCUCGGGUGGGGUCCUCCCUCCCCCACUCCCGGGCACGGGGUGCCCCCCUCCACCCCCACCGCUGCCGGAUCUGUCUGGCUCCUCUAGGAUGGGUGGUGAGGAGAUCAUUGUGGCCCACGUGAGCCACAGCCUGGACUCUGCCUGGGUCCCAAGCCACCGGCGAGUAAACCCUCCCACUCUGCGCAUGAAGAAGCUCAACUGGCAGAAGCUGCCGUCCAAGGUGGCACAAGAGCACAACUCCAUGUGGGCCUCGCUGAGCAGCCUGAGUGCCGAGGUCGUGGAGCCCGACUUCCCCAGCAUCGAGCGGCUCUUCUGCUUCCCCCAGGCCAAGCCCAAGGAGCACGUGGCCGCCCCAGCCAGGAAGGAGCCCAAGGAGAUCACUUUCCUGGACUCCAAGAAGAGCCUGAACCUCAACAUCUUCCUGAAGCAGUUCAAAUGCUCCAACGAGGACGUCACUGCUAUGAUCCGGGCUGGGGACACCACCAAAUUCGACGUGGAGGUUCUCAAGCAGCUCCUCAAGCUCCUUCCUGAAAAGCACGAGAUCGAAAACCUGCGCUCCUUCACAGAGGAUCGGGCCAAGCUGGCCAACGCCGACCAGUUCUACCUCCUGCUGCUGGGCAUUCCCUGCUAUCAGCUGCGGGUAGAGUGCUUGCUACUGUGUGAGGGCACAGCCGUCGUGUUGGACAUGGUGCAGCCCAAGGCCCGGCUGGUCCUCGCUGCCUGCAACAGCCUGCUCACCAGCCACCGGCUGCCCAUCUUCUGCCAGCUGAUCCUGAAAAUUGGAAACUUCCUUAACUACGGCAGCCACACAGGGGACGCGGAUGGCUUCAAGAUCAGCACGCUGCUGAAGCUCACGGAAACCAAGUCCCAGCAGAGCCGCGUGACCCUGCUGCACCACGUGCUGGAGGAGGUGGAGAAAAGCCACCCAGACCUCCUGCAGCUGCCCCGGGACCUGGAGCAGCCCUCCCAGGCAGCGGGGAUCAACCUUGAGCUCAUCCGUUCCGAGUCCAGCACCAACCUGAAGAAGCUUCUGGAGAUAGAGCGGAAGGUGUCGUCCUCCAUCCCUGAGGUGCAGGAGCAGUACACGCAGCGCAUCCAGGCCAGCAUCGAGGCCUCCCAGGCGCUGGAUGAGGUGCUCCAGGCUGUCGAGCAGAAGAAGCUAGAGUUGGCUAGUUACCUGUGUGAGGAUGCUCAGCAGCUGUCCCUGGAGGACACGUUCAGCACCAUGAAGACCUUCCGGGACCUCUUCAUCCGCGCCUUGAAGGAGAACAAGGACCGGAAGGAGCAGGCCGCGAAGGCCGAGAGGAGGAAGCAGCAGCUGGCGGAGGAGGAGGCGCGGAGGCCGCGGGGGGAGGAUGGGAAGCCUGUCAGGAGGGGAGUCGGGAAGCAGGAGGAAGUGUGUGUCAUCGAUGCCCUGCUGGCCGACAUCAGGAAGGGCUUCCAGCUGCGGAAGACGGCCCGUGGCCGAGGGGAGGCAGAGUGGGGCAGCAAGGCGGCUGCCACGGACCUGCCGAGGGACAAGCUGCCAUGUCUUGUGUCCACAGCGGCCCCCAGAGUCCCCUCCGGAGGCACCAGCUGCCCCACUUCUGAGCCCCGGGGCUGGGACCUCUCAGAUGCCACUGCCCCGGGCCCACAGCCUCCUGCAGACCCGUCAGAGGAGGGUGGGCCUGGGCCCCUGGAGAGGCGUUCUUCUUGGUACACGGACGCCAGCGAUGUCCUGACCACCAAGGACCCCCAGAGCCCCCAGCCUUCUCAGGGCGCCUGGCCCGUGGUGCUGGGAGGUGCUCAGGCCCUGAAGCCUCUCAAGCUCUCCGGUGACAAGCCCACCGGGGCCACAGGGUCGAGCGAAGAUGCUGAAGACCCCACAGCCCCUCAGGGCGUCUGCCUGGCUGAGGCCAACAGCACCGUGGAGGGGCCGCCGGACGCAGCUGCCCGCGGCCGCAGUGCCCACCUCCCCACCACAGGCCCUGGUGUGGCUGGGGACGGGGACCAGGAGGGCCCAGCCCCAGAUUCUGCACUGGACACAUCCUUGGACAAGUCCUUCUCUGAGGACACAGUCACGGACUCUUCAGGGUCCGGCACUCUCCCCAGGGCCCGGGGACACGCCUCAAAGAAGACGGGCAAGCGGAGGAAGAAGCGCCCCUCGAGGAGCCAGGAAGAGGUUGUCCCUGACUCUGACGAUAAUAAAACAAAAAGACUCUGUGUGAUUCAGUAA